AUCUUGACGCACAAUUAAUGGCACACAUAACUGAUUAUCGAGAAAUGAGAGAUGCUUAUGAAAAUGACAUACAUGUGGCGAAAACAUGUGACAGAUCUUUAUUUCGCAUUUUUUCUUUCGAUUUUGCCCAAAACUUAGAAUUGCCUCAUGAUCCUUAA